CACGCCCCCAGACUGACCUUACUGAGUGACAGAACAGAGCUCCAGUCAAAAGCUGAACUUGCUCGGAGGACUUUAGCCUAAGUGCAGGAGGAAUCCACAGAUUCAGGACUGGGAAGGCAAACACUCAUUGCCUACGAAGGCUUCGCCACAGCGACUGGGAAGUUUCCUGGAGUUCUGAGAGAACAAACUGAUUCCGAGUGUUCGAAGUCAAGUUAAUGGUCAACGUGCGUGCACAGGUGCGACAAGGAUUGUGCUCGCAGCAGCAUCGCUGGCACCCAGCGUCAGGUUUGUGACAGAGCCUGGGACCAGGAAUACCCACUGGACUCCACACCAUGCAGUCACAGGAUGCUCCCGCAUCGCAGAACAAAAUAUUCCUGAUUUCCAAGCACAUGCCUUUCCAGUUGGCGGAACAAGCAAGCGGAACAUUCCUGAAACUGACAGCUCCACGUUCAGACCUGGUCAGCCAGUCCCGUCUUGACCCCCCUGCAGUCAGUGCCUUCGCCUCCGGUGGGCUUCAGACAGAGCGGAAUAAGGUUCUCCCAGUGGCCCCAGCAACAGGCAGCCUCAACCAGUCUGAACCAUCGCAGGUAGGAACAGAGGUUCCAGUGAUUAAUGGGGUUGGAGGACACACCCCACGCCCACCCUCUCCCCGCAGAGACGCAGAUGAAGUGUCCACUGUAGAUACAGCACCCCAGGGCUGUCAUCCCCACCCUGUCACGAUGGAAUCAGCGGCACCCUGGAGGGAGAACAAACCUACACAGAACAUAGUCUGGAUAAAAUACGAUGGAGCCGGUCCAGUGGAUGAAGUAGGGAUGCCAAUAUCCUCCAGAUCAAGCGUGAACAAGACAAGAGACUGGUACAGGAAGAUGUUCAACCACAUCCACUGGAAGCCCACAGAUGAUAACUUUGAAAUGGACGAUGUCACCGGCUCAUCGGACAGGCCGGAAUCGGUGGGGCUGUCAGAGGGGGACCUGACACCUGACAGUGGACUGGCGGAUAUCGGCCUCUUCUCCGAAUGGAGUGAGCUGGCGCCGGGAGAGGCCGGAGAAAGUCACAGGCUCCGGGCAACGCACAACAGUAUCUUCAGCUACGAGCCGGGACGCUGCUCCGAGCGGCUGCGAGAGCCACAGACGGACUCAUCAUUGGGCCAUUCUUCAGCCAGGAUCCAGGUUCUCUCUGUUGAGGCAUCCUUGCAGGAAGAGCUGAACCAGCUGGAAGCUGAGUUGGAUUCCGACCUGCAGGAGAUCGAGCGGCGGCUGGCACAGAGGGAGGGCAGGUCCCAGGGAAGCUCGGAGAACCGGCAGGUGGACGGAGAGCUCCGGAGCACCGGACCAAUGACCUCACCUCCCGGGUGGGAAAAGUCAGCUGUUAAUCACGGACCCAACCACCAGCAUGCUGUGUUGCCUAGCAGCAGGAAUAUCCAGAGAGGAGAAGAUAGGACAGAUCAGCCAUCUUCCUCAAAAGGUCCUUGCCCUUCAGGGCACAAUGGAACGGGUCCUGACUGUGCCUCAGAAAGAUCCAGCAACUCGGAAAUAUCAAAGAUGAAGGCAGCGCGGGCAAUCUUUGAUUUCCAAGCCCAGUCUCCCAAGGAGCUGACACUUAAAAAGGGUGAUGUCGUUUACAUCCACAAAGUCCUCGACCAGAACUGGAUGAAGGGAGAGCAUCAUGGGAGACUCGGAAUCUUCCCCAUGUCCUACGUGGAGAUUAUUCCUGCUAAUGAGAGACCGACUCCAAUUAAAAGCCCUCCCACCCAUCUGGUGGAGUAUGGGGAAGCUCUGGCCAUCUUCAACUUCAAAGGCGACUCAAAUAUAGAGUUGUCCUUCCGAAAGGGCGAAACAAUUUCACUCAUCAGACAAGUUGAUGAUAACUGGCUGGAGGGGAGAAUAACUGGGACCAAUCGACAAGGCAUCUUUCCAUCAAACUAUGUGCAAGUGGUGAAGUUGCCAAAGAUCAAGGUCUCUAGUGAAUUUUCUAUUGGCCCAACAUCCCCAAAUCCCAAUUUCCCCAACCCUUCACCAAACCCCAUCAACAAGCUCCACUCUAGCACCUCAGUAAAGCUCCCAUCUCAGCCCUUCUCCACCUCUCCAACCACCACCACCCAAUCCUACCCCAACACCUUACCGAGAUCCACCAACACCCAGUCUCACCCCAACACCUUGGCAAGAUCCACCAACACCCAGUCCUACCCCAACACCUUACCAAGAUCCACCAAUACCCAGUCCUACCCCAGCACCUUGGCAAAAUCUAGCACCACCCAGUCCUACCCCGACAACUCACCAAGAUCCAGUACCAAGCUCCAACCCUACACAAGCUUAAACCAGUUCUACGACAGCCCUUUGCCAGCCACCAAAGUCCAACCUUACGUAAAUGCUCCAACCCCCACAGCUCAGCCCUACAUCAAUGCCCCGCCAAACCCCACAGCUCAGUCCUACGCCAAUGCCCCACCAACCUGCACAGCCCAAUCCUAUGCCAAUGCCCCACCAGUCACCACAGCUCAGUCCUAUGCCAAUAUCCUACCAACCCCCACAGCUCAGUCCUACCAUAACACCUCGCCAGCCCACAUAAAUCUGCACUAUGCCAGCAUUGCACUAACCUCACCAACCCAGACAUACGCCAAUGAUUCAGCAACCUCCCAAUCCCACCAAUUCCCCAACCCACUGACUCCUACAGCCCUGUCUAACCCAAAAGCCUCAUCUAUUCCCCAAACCCAGCCAUACAUCAACUCUGAAAGUAAGCCCCAUCCCAUUGCCACACCACUCCCUACAUCCCAGUCCUAUCCCACCACCAUACCACCCAGACAUUCCCAGAUGCAUGCCAAAUCCUCCACUAUCUCCCAAGGCCAUCCCUAUUCCGGCACUUCACCAAGCCUACAAAUGGAUUCCUCAAUGACCAGGGUACCAGCCAAUCAGCAGCCACUUCCAGCGUCACUCACCAAUCAGCACUCAGCGUCAGUUUUGUCGGCCAACCAGCACCAUCCGACUAGGUUCUUGCACUCAGCAUCAUCACCAGAGGCUGGCCGAAGUCCAGUAACCAUGGCAUCAGCAUCCUACACUCAACGUCCACUCCAGUGCCAGCUGCCCUCUGACCCCAAACCGCAGGCAAGCACAACGUCCACCCAACCAACUGGAAGCACGAUGGUGUUGCCAACUGCCGGUGUCAGCUGGAGCACGUAUCGGGCACUGUACAGCUACCAGCCGCGGAACUCGGACGAGCUGGAGCUGAGGGAGGGAGACCUGGUGCAUGUCCUGGAGAAGUGUGACGACGGCUGGUUCGUAGGGACGUCUGGACGGACUAACGGCUUCGGAACAUUCCCUGGGAACUACGUACAGCCAAUGUGACCUUCCGCCAUUGGCUACUGGACGUCUGGGAAACAGACUGGGCUCUCAAUCUGUCUUGUCGGUUACCCCCCCACACGCUUGCGCGCUCUCUCUCCCUCCCUCCAGUCUGCUCCUAUCUCUUAUAUAUUUUUUUCUUUUAUCUGUAAUCUUUUUAACACCAUUCUCCCUCUCAUUCUCCUCCUCUGUAUGUUUUUAUCUCUCUCUGUCUCCACCCUGCACCUUCCGACCUGCCCCUCUUCUUCCUUUCUUCAGUAGUGAGCUUCUUCACCUGCGACCUCCGUCCCAACCUGGCCUCACCCCCCCCCCCAACCCCCAGAGUGGACACAGCAGCCUUACCCGGUUGCCCUAAAUCCCCCUGUUGAUGCAGGCUGUGGGAGAUGGGACUGCGGUGGGUGGGGGGGGGGUGGAAUCAGAGGUUUCGUGUGGUGUGAAACUCCGCCAAACACCCACCAAUUCUCAGCCCUCUUUCCUGUCACAGUCUCGGCUGGUAACCCUUGCUUGGGAACAACAGGCUCCAUCCUGUGUGGGUGUGCAUGUACCUGAACCAGCGCUGGGCUGUAAAAUUUCUGCUGCUUUUCAAUAAAACAAGAUCAGAAUCAAACUCUUCCCUCUCGUCAGUAACAAGGUGAGCUGCCUACGUUUACAGCAAAGCCUCGUGCGAACGGUCAGGGUCCCCGCAACACCGUGGUCUCAACAAACCGUGUGGGGACAGCAGAAUUCCCAAAGUUUUCAGCCAGGGGAGGGCCUGGAGCACCAUCAGUGAAGGAGAUUUUAAGAACACAGAACAGUACAGGCCCUUUGGCCCACAAUGUUGUGUUGAUCUUUCAAUCUAACCUUUCCCUCACACAAUAGCAGGAGGGAGAAUUUUGAAGAAUAUUUUGUAAUGUUGAUGGCUGUUCAGCCCAUCGAAUCAGCCCCAUCAGUCUCCUUGCCCCUCUCAUUUCACUGGAUGCCCACAAGCCCAUAUAUACCCAUUUGUUUUUACCAGUGAUCAACAUUACGGGGCAAUUUGCAGCCACAAUUAACUUUCGUACACACCGUUGGAACGUGGGAUGAAACCGAAGUAUCUGGGAGAAGCCAGCGUGGUCACAGGGAGAAUGUAGCAACGGUCCCUGAUGCUGAAAGGAAUGGCUCUAUCCACUAUACCACUAGGCUGAGGUGGGGGAAUUGGCUCAUGAGCUGAGGGUACAGUUGUCAGUGGAGGGAGCAGUCUGAAGGUGUGGGGGAGUCCGAUGAAGAUUGAGCACGGGGCGGGGGCGGCUGAGAGCGAUGGUGGUCCAGAUAGUUGAGAUAUUGCCUGCAUGACUGUUAAAUGAAGCCUGUGAACCAAGAGGAGAUGAGGAAACUUCCUGCCCAAAGAGGGUGGGUGGGAGGUGGGGGCAGACUCUGUCAAUGGUGUAAGGCCCUUCCCUGUCCAAGCACAGCUGUACGGCAGGAUUGUGGAGUGGAGAUACAGUGCGUUCUGAGGUGCAAGGUGCUCCUUCCCUCUGCUAGCCUGCAGGCCACCCUUGGACAAGGUGUUGCCACCCCCCCCCACCCCCACACGAAGCCAUGAGAGCCGGCGGUGGAUGGUUGCAUACAAGACCAUAAGAUAUAGGAGCAGAACCAUUUGGCCCAUCGAGUCUGGUCUGCCAUUUCAUUGUAGCGAAUCCAAUUUUCCUCUCAGCCCCAAUCUCCUGCCUUCCCCGUAUCCCUUCAUGCCCCGACCAAUCAAGAAUCUAUCAACCUCUCCCUUAAAUAUACAUAAAUACUUGGCCCCCACAGCUGCCUGUGGCAAAGAAUUCCACAGGUUCACCACUCUCUGGCUAAAGAAAUUCCUCCUCAUCUCUGUUCUAAAAGUACACCCCUCUAUUCUGAGGCUGUGUCCUCUGGUCUUAGAUUCUCCCACCAUAGGAAACUUCCUCUCCACAUCCACUCUAUCAAGGUCUUUCACCAUUCGACAGGUUUCAUGAGGCCCCCUGGUGAAUACAGGCCCAGAGCCAUCAAAUGCUCUUCAUAUGACAAGCUAUUCAAUACUAGAAUCAUUUUUGUGAACCUCCUUUGAACCCUCUCCAAUUUCACAUCCUUUCUAAGAGAAAGCACCCAAACCUGCUCACAAUACUCCAUAUGAGGCCUCACCAGCACUUUAUAAAGUUCCAAUAUUAUAUCCUUGUUUUUAUAUUCUAGUCCUCUUGAAAUUUGCCUUCCUCACCACGAACUCAACCUGCAAAUCAACCUUUAGGGAAUCCUGCACAAGGACUCCCAAAUCCUUCUGCAUCUGUUUUUUAUAUUUUCUCUCCAUUUAGAAAAUAGUUAACUCUUUCAUUUCUUCUACCAGUGCAUGACCAUACGCUUCCCAACAAUGUAUUCCAUCUGCCAUUCUUUUGCCCAUUCUUGUCUAAGUCCUUCUGUAGCUUCUCUACUUCCUCAAAACUAACUGCCCCUCCACCUAUCUUUAUAUUGUCUGCAAACUUUGUAACAAAGACAUUAAUUCCAGUAUCCAAAUCAUUGAUAUGUAACGUAAAAAGAAUUGGUCCCAGCACAGACCCCUGUGGAACACCACUAGUCACUGGCAGCCAACCAAAAAAGGCUCCUUUCAUUCAUCUUUCCUGUAAUACCAUGGGCUCUUAGCUUCUUAAGCAGCCUCAACUUUGGCACCUUGUUAAAGGCCUUCUGAAAAUUAGAGUACACAACAUCAACUGAUUCUCCAUUGUCUGUCCUGUUUGUUACUUCUUUGAAGAAUUCCAACAUUAUGUGCCGUGUCAC